UGUCUUCAGGGCCUCGGCGAUGAGUUGAGCCCCGCUGACGCACUCCUCUUCCUCCUCGACGCUUUGAGGCGCCAUCCCUCGCUCGCCUGUGCUUGCCGGAUCAGAGAGGAGCGACCCCAUCCAUCUCCACAUGCACAGAUUCAUGGCAGUCGUCACACUGCGCACCAGCUGCAUACUCCUGCUGUUGUGUCCUGAAGUUCUCCCCAUAGAUGUCCACACAGGGGGACAUUACAUUGCUGCUGUGUAUGAACAUCACGUCAUCUUGAAUCCCAAUCCAACCAUCAUUACUGAUCGUCAAUCUGCUUUAGAGCUAAUGAAUAGAAACCUAGACAUUUAUGAGCAGCAAGUGAUUGCUGCUGCUAAACAGGGGGCAAAAAUCAUUGUCUUUCCUGAAGACGGAAUUCAGGGAUUCAACUUCACCAGGACAUCCAUUUAUCCUUACUUGGAUUUAAAUCCUUAUCCUGACUCUGUGACUUGGAACCCAUGCAAAGAAGCACACUUGUUCAAGGACACAGAGGUUCUUCAUCGACUCAGCUGUCUGGCACAGAAGAACAAUGUGUUUAUUGUAGCCAACGUAGGAACUAAGCAGCCCUGCAAGCAUAGUGAUUCCAAGUGCCCACCAGAUGGGAGAUACCAGUUUAACACCAAUGUAGCAUUCAGUGACAAUGGCACUCUCAUAGCCAGAUACCGAAAAUGGAAUCUGUAUUUUGAGUAUGCCUUUGAUACCCCACCAGAGGUAGAUCACACACUUUUUGAUACACCUUUUGCAGGCAAAUUUGGACUCUUCACUUGUUUUGAUAUCCUUUUUUAUGAACCAACUGUGAGCCUUAUAAAGAAAUAUAAUGUAAAGCAGAUUGCAUAUCCUACUGCAUGGAUGAACCAGCUCCCACUCCUGUCAGCUGUAGAGUUUCAACAAGCCUUUGCGACUGCUUUUAACAUCAAUUUUUUGGCAGCAAACAUUCACCAUCCUAACCUGGGUAUGACAGGAAGUGGUAUAUACACACCAUCCAAGUCUUUCAUUUAUUAUGACAUGGAAAGUGUUAAUGGUAAGCUUAUAGUGGCUGAAAUCCCUGUCGUUACAUCAGAGAAUAAAAGCCACAUGGAGGACAUUACAUCACCUGAUAGUAACGUGCAGAAAAGUUCCCUAGGCUUCCAUACGGACAAUAAUGUUUGUCAUAAGGAAGAUAAAGUCCACUGUGAAAAAGCACUGAAAAAAGCCCAUCAAACCUUUCCUGUAUUCUAUGGAGAAAUGAUGUACGAUAAUUUCACUUUAAUGCCCAUUACUGAAACUGAAGGCAACAUCCAAGUCUGUUCCAACACCCUUUGUUGUUAUUUAAAUUAUCAGAGAUUUGAUAAAACUAAUGAAUUGUAUGUGUUGGGAGUUUUUGAUGGCUUACACACAGUGCAUGGAACAUACUAUGUACAAACCUGUGUCUUAGUGAAAUGUGCUGGUCUCAACUAUAGCACUUGUGGGCAAGAAGUCACAGAGGCCACUGGACUGAUAGACUUUCAACUCCAAGGAAAUUUCAGCACUGCUUUCGUCUUUCCUCUUUUACUAACAUCAGGAGUCACUUUGGACUUUGCUAAUCAUCUGGGCUGGAAGAACUACUACUACUUCAUGCAGAAAAAGGGAGCUUCUACAGGCUUAAUAACAGCUGGUUUAUAUGGACGAUGGUAUGAGAAGGACUAGAAUGAGCAUUUGUUACAACAAAAAAUAGUGCACUAAAAUGAAUAAACUGAAAAUCCAAUAAAAGAUAUUUUCCAGUAGUGUGGAUUGGGCUUUAACUGUAUAUGCCUGAAACAUUGUUUUAGGAGUAUUUUAUAAAUUACAAGGCUCCACGCAUUUCGCUGACUGGCAGCUGCAGUUCAUGCACUAAGCACCAGCUUAGAGGGAACAUAAAGAUUUGGUGGCAGGAGCUGCCAGUGUAUAUAAAGGUACCGGAGAAGCGGGAAGGCUUAAUCUCAAGUUUUCUACUAUCAUGUGAAACAGAAGCUACUGGUUCCAUGCCACUUGUCAUCUCAAUAUGACACAUGCGGCAUGGCAUGGAAAUGGACUCUUUUGCUGAACAAAUGGGUGAGAGACUACCAACUAACCAGAGAUGCUUAGGUAGCAAACUUUGUGUGGUUUUUAGGCAGAUUUUAGCCUAGCAAUAGAAAGGAUUGUUUGUUUUCAUAUCUAUUGCCUGA